CAUUUCUGUUGUCGUCUGUCGACAUAUUUGGUAAAAGUUAACUCGUGCCAUUGAAUCAGUGUAUUUAAUUUAAUUUAUUAUUAAUAUAAAAUAUUAUAAAUCAUUAAAAAAUGUCGACAAUAUCAACAAAUGAAGCUCCACAUCUUCAACAAAUUGAUUUAACAAAGUUAAGUUUGCAACAAUUAACAAUGUUAAAACAACAACUUGACAAGGAACUUCAAGCAUUUCAAGAGUCAUUGCAAACAUUAAAAAUGGCACAAAGUAAAUUUCAAGAAUCAGGACAUUGUCUUGACAAAGUUAAUCCAGCAAAUAAAGGAAAAGAAAUUCUGGUUCCUUUGACAGAAUCAAUGUAUGUUCCUGGACGUUUAGCAAGUAAUAAUACUGUUGUUGUUGACAUUGGUACUGGAUAUUAUGUUGAAAAAGAUGUUGAAGAAGCAAAAGAUUAUUUCAAAAGACGUGUUGCUUUUGUCACUGAACAAAUGGAAAAAAUUCAAUUGAUUGGUCAAGAAAAAAGUAAAAUUCAUGAAGCAACAAUUGAAGUAAUAGGAAUGAAAAUUCAGGGACAAAUGCAAAAAGAAGGUGCACCAGCCUAAAUUAAUUAAUAAAUUAAAACAAUAAUAAAUCUACGAAGGUAUAUUGAUUUAUUUUUAUUAUCAUUUACUCUUUAUUGGAUAAAAUAUAAAAAUCAAAUUAUUUCAACGGCCUCAAUGAAGUAGAUCAUACAAUAAAUAUUAAAUUGCAUUUAUUUGAAUAUAAAAUUCAUCAUAAUUACUCGAACAAAUAACGUGAUUCAUCAAUAUUAUUUUUAAAUAAAUAAUUAUAUCUAUCAAUUUGCUUGUUAAUAUUAAACUGAAUAAUAAAUUUUUCAUAAUCAACUAUAUAAAUGAAGGUAAAAAUUUAUAAUGAAAUCUGAUAAAUAAAAACAAAAUAAAAAUUAAAUAAAAAAGCGUAAUCUAUU